UCUGAGUGCAGAGACCAGCCAUCUGGCAGAUAUCCUAUAGGCUACUUUCAUCAUGGGAGAAAUAGAACAGAGGCCAACCCCAGGAUCACGACUGGGGGCCCCGGAGAAUUCGGGGAUCAGUACCUUGGAACGUGGACAGAAGCCACCCCCAACACCUUCAGGAAAGCUCAUGUCCAUCAAAAUCCAGAUGCUGGAUGACACCCAGGAGGCUUUUGAAGUUCCACAAAGAGCUCCCGGGAAGGUGCUGCUGGAUGCAGUUUGCAACCACCUCAACCUCGUGGAAGGCGACUAUUUUGGCCUUGAGUUUCCUGAUCACAAAAAGAUCACGGUGUGGCUGGAUCUCUUGAAACCUAUUGUGAAACAGAUUAGAAGGCCAAAGCAUGUUGUUGUCAAGUUUGUGGUGAAAUUCUUUCCCCCUGACCAUACACAACUCCAAGAAGAACUCACAAGGUACCUGUUUGCUCUGCAGGUGAAGCAGGACUUGGCACAAGGCAGGCUGACGUGUAACGACACCAGCGCGGCGCUCUUGAUUUCACACAUUGUACAGUCCGAGAUUGGGGAUUUUGAUGAAGCAUUGGACAGAGAGCAUUUAGCAAAAAAUAAGUACAUACCUCAGCAAGAUACUUUAGAAGACAAAAUCGUGGAAUUUCAUCAUAACCACAUUGGACAAACACCAGCAGAAUCAGAUUUCCAGCUCCUGGAGAUUGCCCGUCGGCUGGAGAUGUAUGGAAUCCGGUUGCACCCCGCUAAGGACAGAGAAGGCACCAAGAUCAAUCUGGCAGUGGCCAAUACCGGGAUUCUAGUGUUUCAGGGUUUCACUAAGAUCAAUGCCUUCAACUGGGCCAAGGUGCGGAAGCUGAGCUUCAAGAGGAAGCGCUUUCUCAUCAAGCUCCGGCCUGAUGCCAACAGCUCGUACCAGGAUACCUUGGAAUUCCUAAUGGCCAGUCGGGAUUUUUGCAAGUCCUUCUGGAAAAUCUGCGUCGAACAUCAUGCCUUUUUUAGACUUUUUGAAGAGCCCAAACCAAAGCCAAAGCCGGUCCUCUUUAGUCGAGGGUCCUCGUUCCGGUUCAGCGGCCGGACGCAGAAGCAAGUUCUCGACUACGUUAAGGAAGGAGGACAUAAGAAGGUGCAGUUCGAAAGAAAACACAGCAAGAUUCAUUCCGUCAGAAGCCUUGCCAUGCAGCCUGCAGAACUGAAUUCAGAAGUGCCAAAACAGUCCCCACAGAGCGCUAGCCUUGUGUCCGGAGAAGGUGCUGAGUCCCCAGGUGGCCAGAGCUGCCCGCCAGGAAAGGAACCGAAGGUCUCCACCCAUGAGCCGGGGCCGCACCCCAGCCCUGCCCUGAAGAAGAGCCCUGCGGGUAACAAGCGGGCGGACGGAGCCGUCAAGGCGCCGCCGGAGGAAGAGGAGGAGGUCGUGAAGGAUAGGACCCAGCAGAGUAAACCUCAGGCCCCGCAGCCAAGCACAGGCUCCCUGACUGGUAGCCCCCACCUUUCAGAGCUGUCCGUCAACUCGCAGGGAGGAGCUGCCCCGGCCCACGUGACCUUGUCUCCCAACCUGAGCCCCGACACCAAGCAGUCCUCUCCCCUGGUCAGCCCGCUGCUGAACGAGCAGGCCUGCCCCAGGACAGACGACGAGGACGAGGGCCGGAAAAAGAGAUUCCCAGCUGACAAAGCAUACUUCAUUGCUAAAGAAGUAUCUACCACUGAGCGGACAUAUCUGAAGGAUCUGGAAGUCAUUACUUCGUGGUUUCAGAGCACCGUGAGCAAAGAGGACUCCAUGCCGGAAACCCUGAAGAGUCUCAUCUUCCCGAAUUUUGAACCUCUGCACAAAUUUCAUACCAACUUUCUCAAGGAAAUUGAGCAACGACUUGCCCUGUGGGAAGGCCGCUCCAAUGCCCACAUCAGAGGAGAUCACCAAAGAAUCGGGGACGUGAUGCUGAAGAACGUUCAGGGCAUGAAGCACCUGGCGGCCCACCUGUGGAAGCACAGCGAGGCCCUGGAGGCGCUGGAGAACGGGAUCAAGGGCUCNCGGCGGCUGGAGAGCCUCUGCCGAGACUUCGAGCUGCAGAAGGUGUGUUACCUGCCGCUCAACACCUUCCUGCUGCGGCCGCUGCACCGGCUCAUGCACUACAAGCAGGUCCUGGAGCGCCUGUGCAAACACCACCCGCCCAGCCACACCGACUUCAGGGACUGCCGAGCUGCGUUGGCAGAGAUCACAGAGAUGGUGGCACAGCUGCAUGGUACGAUGAUCAAGAUGGAGAAUUUCCAGAAGCUGCACGAACUCAAGAAAGAUUUGAUUGGCAUCGACAAUCUUGUGAUUCCAGGAAGGGAGUUCAUCCGCCUGGGCAGCCUCAGCAAGCUCUCGGGGAAGGGGCUCCAACAGCGCAUGUUUUUCCUGUUCAACGACGUUUUGCUGUACACGAGCAGGGGGCUGACGGCCUCGAACCAGUUUAAGGUCCACGGGCAGCUCCCGCUCUAUGGCAUGACGAUCGAGGAGAGCGAAGACGAGUGGGGAGUGCCCCACUGCCUCACACUCCGGGGCCCGCGGCAGUCCAUCGUCGUGGCCGCCAGCUCUCGGUCUGAGAUGGAGAAGUGGGUGGAGGACAUCCAGAUGGCCAUCGACCUGGCCGAGAAGAGCAGCAGCCCUGCCCCCGAGCUCCUGGCCGGCAGCCCCCCAGACAACAAGUCCCCCGAUGAGGCCACCACAGGUGACCAGGAGUCGGAGGACGACCUGAGCGCUUCACGCACGUCGCUGGAGCGCCAGGCCCCACACCGUGGCAACACGAUGGUGCACGUGUGCUGGCACCGCAACACCAGCGUCUCCAUGGUGGACUUCAGCCUCGCUGUGGAGAACCAGUUGUCCGGGAACCUGCUGAGGAAGUUCAAGAACAGCAACGGGUGGCAGAAGCUGUGGGUGGUGUUCACAAACUUCUGCCUGUUCUUCUACAAGUCACACCAGGACAAUCACCCGCUCGCCAGCCUGCCUCUGCUCGGAUACUCGCUCACCAUCCCCUCGGAGGCCGAGAACAUCCACAAAGACUACGUCUUCAAGCUGCAUUUCAAGUCCCACGUCUACUUCUUCAGGGCUGAGAGCGAAUACACGUUUGAAAGGUGGAUGGAAGUGAUCCGAAGUGCCACCAGCUCAGCCUCUCGGGCUCAUGUUCUGAGUCACAAAGAAUCUCACGUGUACUGAGGGCUGUCCUGUCGCCGUUCCCACAGUGGCUGCCUCCUGGAAGACCCUUUCUUCUGUGUGAAUGAAGCCUAGUAAAAUGAACACCUUCUCCGACACAAAACCCUGGUUUGACAGCAGCUC